AUGAAUUAAAAUUAACAGCAAAUUCUCAAACCUAAUUUGGAGAUUGGUUAAAUGCAUUAAAAAUUUGCAUAAGAGAGCUCACAAAAAAACAAAGUAUAAAAUUUUGAAAGCCAUAUAAUGAUUUACUUUCAAAAAUCUGGGUUACAUUUGCAACAUUUGAUGAAACAUUGAAUACCCUUUAGAUUAAUUGUUCCUAAAUUUAGUAUGAAAUAACAACAAAAUUGUAUAAUCUUCUUUAGAAUUUAAAGACAUUUUUAACUUUGGAAUUUACUUUGUAAAAGUAAGAAUAGGAAAGAUUUAUUAAUGAUGAUGAUAGUGUUUCUGAAAAUUUUAAUCAAAAGCAUAUUGUAAUUCCAAUUAAUAAAGUUCAAAAAUAAAUAUAAAUGAAAGUCUAAGAAUUUGAUAUUUCCCAAAAAACAUAAUCUCUUUAAAGCAUUUUAGAAUCAAUUAAACAUACCUAGCCAAUCAAAUAUGUAGAUAUUUAUCAAUAAACUAGAAAAAUCUAAUCAAUAGUCCUGUUUAUUCUUAAAUACACAUAACAGACGAACCUGAAAGGACACAUUUACCAUAUAAAUAGGAUCCCAAAGAAAAAUUUUGUAUUUUACCAUUUCUUAAAUCAUGCAUUGGAAAAGAUUUAACAAGAAUUCCAUUUCCUUGUAUAUUUUAAUACUAUAAUUUAAGUGAUAUUUCAUUAACCAAUGUCAGUUUUACAAUUGAUUGUAUAACAAUUUGCUUAUUUUGAUUAAAUUAAGAAAGCUAGUUAAUGUGAUGAUUCUUGUAAAAGAAUGUGUCAUAUUAUUGCAUUUACGUUGUCUCGAUGUACAUCUUCAUUGGAUAAUCAAAAAAAACCAUUUAAUCCACUCUUAGGAGAAACUUUUGAGUUUUUAACUCCUGAUUAUUGUAUUGUAUGUGAAUAAGUAUCACAUCAUCCUCCAAUAUCAGCUGUACAUUGUGAAGGAAGAGAUUUUAAAUUUUGGGCAUAGAAUGAUUCAUAAAUAGGAUUUGGAGGAACUAAUAUAAAAAUAGCAAUGAUAGGAAAAUCUCACCUUUAUUUAAGAAAAUAUAAAGAACAUUAUAGUUUUGAUAUGCCAAAUAUGCUUGUUAAGAAUCUAAUAUUUGGAGAAAGAUAUUUUGAACAUGUCGGAAAGAUAAAGUAUAUUAAUCAUUAGACAGGAGAUAUUGGUAUAGUUGAUUUAAGAGAGUAUGGUGAAGGUUAAGUAUGUUAUAUAUAAUUAAUUAUAUAGAAUUUCACUUAAGUUAAUGCUGAAGUCAGAGAUUGUAAUUAGAACUUAAGAUACAAAAUUACUGGUUUUUAUAAUUAAUCCUUAUACGUUGGUGAUGAAUUACUUUGGUAACGAAUAAUACCUGGCUAAGAAGCAUAUUAUUAUUAUAAUUAUAUUCCUUUAAUGAUGUAAGCAAACUAUCUUAAUAAAUAAACUUUACUUGUAUUUUAAAUUAAUUUAUUAUAUAAGGAAAUACCAUGUACAGAUUCACGUUUAAGACCAGAUAUAGCAGCUUUGGAAAAUGGUUGGAAAGAACUUGGAUAAAAUGAAAAAGUAAGAAUUGAAGAGAAGUAAAGAGAGAGAAAAAGAAUAAUGGAUUAAAGAAAAGAAAUUCAUAUUCCAAAAUUUUUUGAGAUAAAAGAAGAUAUUGAUACAAAAACUAAAGGAUAUGUAUAUAAAGGGAAUUAUUGGACAGAAAAACAUGAAGUAAUGGAUAUAUUUUGA